AUGCUCCAGACAAACGAUCAGAAUCAUAGCCAGAUUCUAGAUUUGUUCAACCGUGAGAUGUACAGGGGAGAGUUUGUCCAUGGCCCCGGAAAUGACAGACUAGAGCGGGUUGGCAGAGUGCGGGAUUCCUUUCCCGGAUCCCGUCACUGGUUUCGAGCACUUAACGUUCAUGGCGUGCGUCAACUGUUUAUUAGCGUCAUUGGAGUAGCUAAGCGCAUGAAAAACAGUCUCUCCUGGUCUAAUGAGACCCAGGGGGACGUGCUCCGCCACCUUCUGACGUCCCUGUACUCGUUUCAGACGCCCAACGGCGACCUGAGGACAUACCGCGACAACCUUACAGUGGAUGCCGCUCAGGGCCAAGAAGCACCAAGCGUGGUGUUUCUGAUGACCAAGCCCUCGCAGAAUGUCGCCAGCGCAGGUUUCAUGGCAGACGCAAACCGGCUUAACAUCGCCCUUAGUCGUGCCAAGAAAGUCAUGAUAAUCAUUGGCAACCUGAGGGACUGGAAUAACGAUGGCAUUGACAAGAUGCACUGA